UCAGGUAAAUGUAUUAUUCAUGUAUGGGACAUCUUUAGUGUUAUCCGAAUCAUACAAUGGAUAUUUUGAUUAACUUAUCUACAAAAUUCAGGUAAAUAUUGAUUUUCGAUCUUUCAAAGCGCAACAGAUGUCGACAUUUUGAAACGUCUUAAUCACAUAGAAGUUUACACAAAUGUUAAAAUUGACAAUUAAAUUAAAACACGUGGACAAAGAUGCAUCAUCAUCAACUAAAUGUGUAGAAAAAUACAAAUGUGUAUUGAUAGUGAAUAAAUGAACGAUUUAAUAUUGAAUCAAAGUGAUUUAGAACCGUACAACAAAUCGGUCAAUAUGUUUACAUAACUAAACGUGAAGGAGAAAAAACGAUAAACUACGAGAUAUAUAUUGUAUGUAAAUCUAAUGUCAAUAAUUCUGUGAUACCCCCUUCUGUUAUUAAAGCUUGCGUUGCGAGGUAAAUUAUGGAAGGUUUCCAGAACAGACAAGGUGCGGUUAGAGGACUUCUAAAUCGAGGCAUGAUUUAUGAACCUCUGGAAUUCAAAGAAGCAGUUUAAUCUUGUUCGAAAAAUACUUUGAAUAAUUCUUUGAUAGUUGUUUGUAAAAAGUACGAUGUUUUCAGCUAUACAUGGUGAGGAACGAAACUAAGAAUUGUUGUCAGAAGAACAUGUACCCUACCCAUCAUUUGAUGUGAAACGUUUAUAAAUAUGGAUAUCAAGUAAACAAGCAUGUUUCAAUAGUGACGAAAUCCAUUUCUGAAUGAAAAUAUAUCGAAAGACAGCUGAUCGACAAUCAUAUUUCUUUGUAUAUCAAUAUUUUCGUAUGGGAUUUGGAGCCAGCAAACAGGUCGUAAUCAGUGCAGCAGCUAACGAAAAUGUCGCUAGAUUAAGCGCUAUAUUGUUUAGUAAGGACGACGCUGAAUCAGUAUUAAGAUUUGAACCAAUGGGAACGUACCUUUUAUAUCGUGAUUAUGAAUCUGAUAGGAUGUAUCUUUCAUUAAGAUCAGAGAACUACGUUGAGCAUCACAGGAUAAACUACGAGGAUAACUUGUAUUAUAUGGACAAUCAGCCGUAUCCUUACCUAGAUUCUAUCGUCAGAUAUCACCAAAGACACAAACUCAAUGGUACAAGACUCAAACAUCAGGCACAUCUCAGUGCAAGAACUGUUAAGUUAUUUACUACAAAAAUCACAGCUCAGAAUGGCAAUUUUCCGCUCGACCGCAAAUCAAAAUCCGAAUCCGAUAUUACAGACAAUAACAAUGUUAUUGGAAUUGAACAUAAAAAUGACGUUUUAGUUGGAAAAAGCCGAAUAUCAAAAUCAAGUGGACGUCUCUGGAUUUCCGGUAUUCAUAAAUCAUUAAAGCGCAUGUCUGCACCGGAAAGGAAUAUUCCAUUUUCUGGAAGUGGAAUUUAUCAUAGGGAUCCACGACCAAAUACAUUCACUGAAAAUGGCUACAUUCCUCAUAUUGAUGAAGGAGAUAAUUUAGACGAUAUAAUAGAGGAUUUACAAGAUUUUCAUCAGUCACUUAACUCAUCGCCAAGGACAGACAAUUCAUCGCCAAGGACAGACAACUCAUCACCAAGGACAGCCAAUUCGUAUUCAGAUAUAAAAACAGAUAGCAGGGCAACUUAUAAACAAAUAGCAGGCCCAGGUGACGAAAGGCGAUUUGAUGUUACAACAGCUUUUGGUUUUGGGAGGACGUCUUUUACGACAAAUAUAAAGUUACCAGAUACUCCCGCUCAAAAAAGACAAUUUAGUGACACAGGAAAUAAAUCGCCAGUUAAAGAAGUUUUACCUGCAGAACAUGUGCAACAUACGGAGAACAAUGAAAAUUCCAAUAUUUUGUUUUGUAGUCAUUUAUAAUGUUUAGUAUGACAAUACCCUGUUCAUCGAGGCUACACGGCUGGCCAAUAUCCGGGUCUAUCAGGCUCAACACGAACAAGGACAAGACUUCAUCCAAGUCUUUCAAUGUUUAAUCAAUAUGCAUCAGCGUAUUUUAAAUUAUUGAUUGUUCAUAUGUUAUAACAUUUAUUUCUUCAUAUAUAUAUUUGAUGAUACAAAAACAAGUUGUUAUGAUUGAAACAUAUCAGUGUGUAUUCCUUGUAAUUUCGAGUUCAUUUCGCAUUUGCAUAGAUAUAAGGAAACUUGUUUAUAAUUAUAAUGAUUAGUAUAUAUGUCUUUUCUCUCAUUUCUGUAUAAUAAUGUACAAGGACAACAGUAGGUUCUUAACUUAAAUCGUCCGUAAUUCCUUCUUAAAACAAUGUCGAACUUGCCGUGCAGUUGUGUUACUGCGCAAUCAGUUAGAUAUGAUGUAAACCCAAAUUUAUCAGAAUUAUAUACAAUAGUACAACAUAAUAUUACAGCACUUGUGUAAGAAUAUACUGAGCAGUUUACAUUUAUUUAAACUCUGUGUAUAAUACAUUUUUAUAAUAUCCCCCUUUUACUGUCUUCAGCUGCAUGCUUAGAGUUCAUUUUCAUUGAACUAGUACCCAAUUUUAUUUAGGGGCCAGCUGAGGCCCACUUCCGGGUGAGUGAUUUGUUACUGCGUUGAAGACCCAUUGGUGGUCUUCUGCUGUUGUCUGCUCUUUGGUUUGAGUUAUUGUCUCUUUGUUAUUUCCCCCAUUUCCAUUCUCGAUUUCAUCAGGCUGAUAGGAUAAUGGAGCAAAUUGAUGAUGUUAGUUUGAAAUGAGAAAUGAAUACUUAGAGCAAUGUAUUGUAGAUUUAUAAUUACAAUUAAAAAGUACAGGAAAAGCACUUCUCUAAAUUAUCAUAAGGAAAUUAAUACAAAUUGUUUUAUAAACACAUUUAAACAGUAUAAAUAUAAAUUUCUAAACUCAAGUACAUUCAAGUAAUAAUACUAUUUAAAGAUACAAUGUACGUUCACAGCCACUUAAUUAAGGAUGUAUUCUUCUGACUUUUCAGUCUCGUUCAGUCUAGUUGAAAUUUCGUUCUUGAAUUAUUUCCAAAACAUGUGAUACAAAUGGAAAAUAUCAAUGAAUUUUAAAAAGAUUAUAAUCAAACAUAACUCUGUGAAAAAAUUGUGUAUUUGCAAUGAAUGGAAUUUGAGUAAUUCAGUUUCAAAUUUCAGACCAAUCAAGUCUGUAUUUUUAGUGAAAUUUUGAGAAAAUGGG